AGAUUUUUAUCCCUUUCAGAUAAUUUAUGUGAACAUCGCUCUUUCAUAUCGAUGAUCAAACACUUAUUUUUUAUUUUUACUUGUACAUUUUAAAAAAAAAAAAAAAAUGAUUUUUACCUGUGCAUCUAUAAUGUUCAAGAGAUGGCGGGAAUUUACAUACUUUCACUGUCCAUUCAGUUCCUCAACCAAGCGCCAUUUCCCCAAUUUCCCUCCCUCUUCAAAACCCUAAAUCCCGCCAAUUUCUCCCAUUCUUCUUCAAUUUAUCUCAUCAAUUGAACUCAACAAAACCCUAACACACCAUAAAUCCUCUCAAUUUCCCACAUUUUCGCCUCAUUUCAUCGAUAUUCAUAGAAUUCAAUUUUAGGGUUUACAAUCGGAAAACUACAGUAUGAAUUGCAAGAUCAAAGAUGAAGUCAUAGAAACAAUUCGGUCAGUAGUAGGGCAAGAUUACGCUGAAAUGGACAUAAUCAGAGCUCUUCACAUGGCGAACAAUGAUGCAACCGGUGCAAUUAACAUUAUUUUCGAUACCCCCAAUUUUAUUUCACAAAGUCGGCAAAACCCUAGAAUUAAUUCGAGUCAGAGGGUGAAGAUUCCUAGCUCGAAUUUGAUCACGAUUGAGGAUAAAAAUGAGGAUUCUAAAUCAAAUGAGGAAGUGGUUUGUAAAGAAAUGGUGGUAAUUGAUGUGCAGGAGAGGGAAAAGGCGAUUUCUUGUUCGAGUUCGAAGCCGGUAGGCGAAGAGUGGUGUUUUGUUGGGUAUGGUGAGAUUUCCGGAAUGUCGACGAGUAAAGGGAGGGGGAUUAAGGUUGGAGAUGAAGUUGAUUUUGCGUUUCCUGUGAAGAACAAGCUGAAUUCGAGUUCGCCUUUACCAGGAAAGGUUUUUGGUAGAGGAAAACAGGCUGGGGCUUGUUCUGAGAUUGUUAGAUUUUCUACGAAGAGCGGCGGCGAGAUUGGCCGGAUUCCGAAUGAGUGGUCAAGGUGUUUGUUGCCCCUUGUGAGAGAUAAGAAGAUUAAAAUUGAAGGAUUUUGUAAAUUUGCUCCUGAAAUGUUGGGUAUUAUGGACACCAUUGCGUUAAAUGUGAGUGUCUACAUCAACAGUUCAAUGUUCCAGAAGCAUCAUCAAAAUUCAUUGAAAGCAGCUGCUAAUUCAAAUGAGGAAACAGUUGUUCAUCCGUUGCCAAAUUUAUUCAGGUUGCUUGGGAUAGCUCCUUUUAAAAAGGCUGAGUUCACUCCUGAUAAUUUGUACACAAGGAAGCGGUCUUUGGAUUCUACGGAAGGUCUACGCACCUCAUUGUUGAAUGCCAAGAAUGUAAAGAACUUGACAUCAGAUGUAGAUAAUGCUGAAGGUGAGGAAGGUGUAUCCGAUGCUGAUGUUGAUAGCAUUGUUGGAGUUGGAGACAGCUCUACGCUGGAGGAAAUGGAUCCGCCAAGCACCCUUCUUUGCAAACUCCGUCCCUAUCAGAAGCAGGCACUUCAUUGGAUGGUCCAGUUGGAGAGGGGACAAACCACUGAUGAGGCUGCUUCUACUCUUCACCCAUGUUGGGAAGCAUAUCGCCUGGCUGACAAGAGAGACCUUGUUGUCUACUUGAAUUCAUUUUCUGGUGAAGCAACUAUGGAAUUUCCGAGUACACUUCAAAUGGCUAGGGGAGGAAUUCUGGCAGAUGCAAUGGGUCUUGGAAAGACAGUCAUGACCAUAUCCCUUCUCCUGUCUAAUUCAGAGAGAGUUGGAUCACCUAGUAGCCAGUUGAGCCUUUCUUCUGGUGAAAGUACGGAGCUCAGUAAAGCCAUUGAUGCAUCUCCUGAUCCAACUAAGAAGGUUGCAAAGUUUCAGGGCAUUGACAAGCAGAUGAAAAAUGAGAAUGUUCUUAUGGAUGGUGGCAAUCUUAUUGUCUGUCCUAUGACACUCCUUAGCCAAUGGAAGGCAGAGAUAGAAACUCAUGCUCUGCCUGGUUCCCUCUCUGUUUAUGUUCAUUAUGGACAAGGUAGAUCAAAGGAUGCUAAACUCUUGGCUCAAAAUGAUGUUGUUCUCACCACCUAUGGAGUUCUAGCUUCAGAAUUUUCAUCUGAGAAUACUGAAGGCUGUGGUGCUCUUCAUUCUAUACGUUGGUUAAGAGUGGUGCUUGAUGAGGCACACACAAUUAAGUCCUCAAAAAGCCAAAUUUCUGUGGCUGCUAAUGCUUUAACAGCUUAUUCUAGAUGGUGUCUCACUGGCACUCCUAUCCAGAACAAUCUUGAGGACAUAUUUAGUCUUCUUCGAUUUUUAAAGGUGGAGCCAUGGGGAAAUUGGGCAUGGUGGAAUAAACUCGUUCAAAAGCCAUUUGACGAAGGUGAUGAAAGAGGAUUGAAACUAGUUCACUCCAUUUUAAGGCCAAUAAUGCUACGAAGAACAAAGUACAGUGUGGAUCGAGAUGGAAGGCCUAUUUUAGUCCUGCCUCCAGCCAAUAUCCAGGUGGUUUAUUGUGAGCUGACAGAAGCUGAAAAGGACUUUUAUGAGGCUUUGUUUAAAAAAUCUAAGGUGAAAUUUGAUCGAUUUGUGGAGCAAGGGCGGGUUUUGCAUAAUUACGCUUCCAUAUUAGAACUACUGUUACGACUUCGGCAAUGCUGUGAUCAUCCAUUUCUUGUCAUGAGUCGAGGUGAUACACAAGAUUAUGCUGACCUGGAUAAGCUUGCCAAACGAUUUCUUAGAGGUGGUCGUGGUACUGCUGAAGGUGAAGCAAAAGUUGUGCCAUCGAAAGCUUAUAUUCAAGAGGUUGUAGAUGAGCUCAAGAAUGGUGAGCAAGGAGAGUGUCCAAUAUGUCUUGAAGCUUUUGAAGAUGCAGUUUUGACUCCUUGUGCUCAUCGCUUAUGUCGGGAGUGCCUUUUGGCAAGUUGGCAAAAAUCUGCUUCGGGUUUAUGUCCGGUCUGCAGGAAAUCGGUGAACAAGCACGAUCUCAUCACAGCUCCAACUGACAGUAGAUUUCAAAUAGAUGUCGAGAAAAAUUGGGUUGAGUCUACGAAAAUUUCAUCAUUGUUGUGUGAAUUGGAAAAUUUACGAUCUUCAGGAUCCAAAAGCAUUGUCUUUAGCCAAUGGACUGCCUUUCUGGACCUGUUAGAGAUUCCUCUUGCUCGGAAUAACCUAUCUUUUCUUCGCCUUGAUGGAACUUUAAAUCAACAGCAACGUGAGAGAGUAUUAAAAAAGUUUUCUGAAGAUAGUGAUGUCAUGGUUUUGCUCAUGUCAUUAAAGGCUGGCGGAGUGGGAAUUAACCUAACAGCUGCUUCUAAUGCUUUUGUCCUGGAUCCAUGGUGGAAUCCGGCUGUUGAAGAACAAGCAGUCAUGCGCAUUCAUCGGAUUGGCCAAACUAAGCCUGUAUCAAUUAAAAGAUUCAUUAUCAAGGGAACGGUGGAGGAAAGAAUGGAGGCUGUACAGGCUAGAAAACAGAGGAUGAUUUCUGGUGCACUGACUGAUCAAGAAGUCCGAAGUGCACGCAUAGAAGAGUUGAAGAUGCUUUUCACUUAAAGACAAAAGCAAGAUUAUGGAGUGGCCGCACAUGCACUCAGUGCUCUUCAGGUUCCGUUUUUGGUGAUCUUAUGUGGAUGCACGAAACAUGCCCCUUAAUCUACCUUUACUCUUCCUGGGUACCUUAAAUUGGAGGUUUUGGUCAGACAUUAUUAUUGCUGUAGGAAAUUGAGGCUAUAGUUCUAAUCAACACCCACAGGAGAGGGAAUCUGUGCUGUUAAAGGCUGUUCGAUAUUGGGGUCUGAAUAUGGUUUUUAGAUGUAAAUUAUAUUGGCGGGGGGCUAUAAUUCGUGGUAUGUUUGGUGAUUCAUAGGGAAGGUUUACGGAAGCUGAUUUUUGUUGCAUAUGAGAUUGAGUCAGAUCAUUGCUUUAGUGGUUCGUACAUAUGAUGUAUAUUUCUGAUGAAAGAUUGUUAGAAGUCAAUGAAAUUCACUGUCAUGUUUAUUCUGUAAUUUCUGCUCUUGCUACUUUCUGUUUUUUUUUUUUUUCUUAAACACUCCUUGAUACUAAUUCAAACUCCAAAAGGGAAAUAUUGAGUAUAAUAGUUGAAAUGUCCUAUCAA